AAGCUGUCAUUCGAAACGUGCCUAUCAAGUCCGACUUGUCUCAAUCAAACUAAUUUUUGACGACAUAUUCUUCUUUGCAAUUGUUCUACGACUUGUCUCGAUCAAAUCAUUGUUCUCUGCAUCCAUUCGUCAAUAUUUUGCUUCUACAAUAACCACGCAUUAAAUUAUGGGUAAUAAUACCAUAUCCUCAUCCGUUUAUUCUGUUAUGCUCCUAGCAAUAAGCAUGGCAACUUUAUUUCCAGUUCCAUCAUCCGCAAAAUUAUCAUCGUCGUCGUCGAUUUCAUCUUCGGCAGAGGCGAAAGCUAUGCUGAAUAGUGGUUGGUGGGGAAACUUUUCUUCAAAAAAUCCUUGCUACUUGGAUGGCAUCAAAUGCAAUAAAGCAGGAAGUAUCAUUCGGAUGGAAGUUCAAUACAAUUCAUACCGAGAUCGAAGGCUUGCAGACAUGAAUUGGUCUUCCUUGCCAAAUCUUGAAUAUCUUAAUCUCAGUCGGUCUGGCUUUAUUGGGGGAAUUCCGGGUGAAAUUGGUAUUCUCUCAAAGCUCACCCACCUUGACCUUUAUUUAAAUCCUGAUCUUCAAGGUGUUCUACCUCCUUCCCUGGGAAACCUGACCCGAUUAGUCCACCUGGACUUAGAGGAGACGAAUAUCGAAGGUCCAAUCCCUUCAUCUAUUGGAAAUCUAAGUGCUCUUGCCUAUUUGUCUCUCUAUUCCAAUCAACUCAGUGGCUGCAUCCCUCAAGAAAUAUGGAACCUAAAGAAUUUGAAGGUAAUGGAUAUGGGUACCAACAUCUUUAAUGGUUCAAUCCCCUCAUCUAUUGGUCAUUUAUCCAAUCUGACCUAUUUGUAUCUCGAUUCAAAUCAACUCAGCGGUCCCAUCCCUCGUGAAAUAGGUAAGCUGAAGUAUUUGGUAAAGUUGCAUAUUUCUCUUAACAACCUUGAUGGUCCAAUCCCAUCAUCUAUUGGAAAUUUAAGUUCUCUUACCCAUUUGUUUCUCAAUUCAAAUCAACUCCGCAGCUCAAUCCCACUAGAAAUAGGCAACCUAGCAAAUUUGGUGGCGAUGAAUUUGAGUUUCAACAUCCUUAAUGGUCCUAUCCCGUAUAUCAUUUCUGAAUUGAAGAACCUGAAGGUUUUGCAGCUCUCUGAUAAUUUGCUUAGUGGGCAUAUACCAAUGCAGAUAGGAGGACUCUGCAGUUUGGAGUAUUUGAGUUUACGUAGAAAUGACUUAAUUGGAGCCAUACCCAGUGGGCUUACAUAUUUGCCACAACUGCAGCACUUGGAUCUCUCCCACAAUAAUCUCUCUGGAAAAAUCCCUGUUUGUCUUUGUUUAUUAACAACUCUCAACUUGUCAUACAACCGUCUCGAGGGUCAAAUCCCAUAUAGAUCUCGAAAUGAUUGUUCUGAGGUUUGCUAUCUUGGCAAAUAUUCCUCCAAUUGUUUAACCUACAAGGUCAAGAAAGAAAAGAGAACAAUGAUACUCACUCUUGUCGUUCCCCUCCUUAGCACGAUUUUUCUUUCCUUUCUGGGGAUUCUUGUGUGCUUUUGUUUCUGUAAGCGCCAAAAAAUCCAAAGAGAGGCAAGAGCAAUGAAUCACGGGGAUAUUUGCUCCAUAUGGAAUUACGAUGGAAGAAUUGCAUAUGAAGACAUCAUCAAAGCAACAAAUGACUUCGACAUCAAAUAUUGCAUUGGAACAGGCGGAUAUGGCAGUGUGUACAGAGCUCAGUUGCCAAGUGGAAAAGUAGUUGCCUUGAAGAAACUUCAUCGGUUGGAAGCAGAAGACCCUGCAUUCGACCAUUCUUUCAGAAAUGAGGUCCAAAUGUUGACAAAUGUACGACACAAAAACAUUGUGAAGCUUUACGGAUUUUGUUUGCACAACAGAUGCAUGUUCUUGGUGUACGAGUAUAUGGAAAAAGGAAGUUUAUUUUGUGGCUUGCGAUUCGAUGUCGAAGCUUGUGAAAUUGGAUGGACCCAAAGGAUAAACAUCGUUGAAGGAAUGGCACAUGCUUUAUCCUACUUGCAUCAUGAUUGCACCCCUCCAAUUGUACAUCGAGACAUAUCGAGCAACAACAUUCUUUUGAACUCUCAACAGGAGGCUUUCGUCGCCGACUUCGGAACUGCGAGACUGUUGAAUCCUGAUUCAUCCAACCAAACCGUAAUUGCUGGCACUUAUGGAUAUAUUGCACCAGAACUUGCUUAUACCAUGGUUGUGACUGAAAAGUGUGAUGUUUAUAGUUUUGGAGUGGUGGCACUAGAAACCAUUAUGGGAAGGCAUCCGGGAGACUUUAUAUCAUCAUUGAUGUCACCUCUUAGUGAAAACAUGAUGAUAAUUGAUGUCUUAGAUCCUCGCCUUCCGGUACCUACGAAUCCUAUGGUUGCCGGGGACAUUGUUCUAGUUGCUACAAUGGCAUUUGCAUGUUUACAUCCUGAGCCCAGAUCUCGACCAACAAUGCUACGCCUGUCUCAAGAGUUUCUUUCUCGUAGGAAGGCUCUAGCUUCACCCUUCGUACAGUUUCACUACUGCAGCUUCGGAACAUGAACUAUGUCCAACUUUCGAAUGAAGUGAUCAGUGCCCAAGUUUGAAAAGAGUCUCGAUUACUUUUGAGGCCUCGGUUGUUAUGACCAUUACAUAUGUAUCUUCUUUAUUUUUUUGCACCAUUCAUGAAUAGAGAAACACUCUCAGCUCGUAUUUUUUAUGAA